AUGGCAGAGGACGACGCAAUUCUCAAGCUACAGGCCUACCGAGCACAAGGUUUCCUGACUGACAACGACGAAUGCACCGGGUGGGUUGUGAAAAUACCGGACACCGACCAGUCGUUCGUGACCGUGAAAGCUUUUCCGGACGUCUUCCCAAGCCAGAAUAAUGGCCUGCUCGGCGCCUGCGAGGUGCUCGUGCUUGCGGUGGGAGAGAAAAGCUUGGGCCUGCAAAAAGAUGGUACUGUGAACUACGACCCUGGUAACAGGCGUCUCGUCUACUCCGGCGUCGGCUUACUGAUCAAAAGGAGCCAGCAUGGGAAACCUUCUGAACGUUUCCAGAGAAUAGGGGCGAUCAGAUUCGUGGAGAUGGAGAGGCAGAGUUGGGAGAAGAUAUGUCAUGCCUGUGGGCAGACAGAUGGCACACUCUCCGAAGGAAAUGGGGAAAGGCUGAUUCUGGCCUAA